GGUUGUUGCCUAUAUUGAUGAGUAGAGGGCAUCUAUGACAUUCAGACAAAAGGCGAAAAAACCACAAGUGGCUUUCAUUCUGCUUGCAACUACAAAAAGAGAAACACAGAGAAAAUGAUGCUGAGAGGAUUGAUUUAUUUUACUUUUAUCUCAUUGACUCUCACUGAAGGAUCAUCAGUGAAAGUUCAUCCAGGAGGAAACACAACACUCCCCUGUAACAUUAAAGAUGAUAAAGAGAUCACCUGGAUCAUUACAAAUGGAAACCAAACAUUUGUCAGGAUUUUGAAAAUGGAACAUUUGUAUGGAGGUAAACCUAAACCAGAGCCCACUAAUAUUCACCCAAGUUACGCAGGACGGAUAAAAGCUCUCAGUUCUUCCACAAACACUCACUCUCUGCUUCUGAUGAACAUCUCUGACACUGAUCUGAUGCUCUACUGCUGCACUGAAUGCAGACUUGAACAAACUCACUGUACUAAACUGGACUUUGAAGAUGAAAGUACAGAUGCGCAACAGGACACAAAAAAUUUCAGUCAUGAUCCGGUGACCUGCGGUAUCAGUCUUUGGCUGCCUAUCGUCUGUGUGCCUCUAGCGCUAUUAUCAGUGUCAAAUGCUUGUCUGUGCUGGAUAAGAAAAAGAUUUCAAGAAGAUUUAAGGGCUGCAUCAACGAACAUAAACAAAAGUCAACAGACCACACAGGGGGAUGAAGAUUAUAGCAUUUCAUAUGCAUCUGUAAAUAUGAUAAAAGGGCAAAAAAACAGAAGUCAACAUCAUCUCACACAGGACACGGUAUAUGCAAGCAUUAAAUGAACAGUAUAACAAAAAACAGAAUGUAUGCACCUCCUUUGUACAAAAUACAUAAUGUUAAAAUAAAAAAGUAAAUAACUCUGUGAUAAAAGGUUGUCUUUUAAAGCCCUCUUUCGUGUAGAACUACUUCCGCCAUGGAUUCAAAUAUCAAGUUGACAGUUUACAGUUGAGCCAAAGCCUAUACCUCACUUUAGAACUAUCAACAAAAGAACGCAGAGUUGCUUAAAUGAAGCUUAUUGUAUGAGUAGAGACUAUUAUGAGAGAGAUCAACUAAGCGAGUGCAUUACCUGCAUUUAUUCCUCAGGUCAAUCUUAUAUUAAUAAUAAAAAUCAGUUUGAAUGUCCACUGAGGACAGCAAUAUCUUUGUCCCAUUAUCCUUUUGGCAGUGAAGGGGUUUUCCUAUGUCAGAGCUUCAAUGCAUUUAAAAAUAUUUUCCUUUUUUACAACCGUUUCAGUCCCUUUCAACAUAAAUGUAAUGAUUCACUCAUAAAGACAGUCUCUUCUGCCAUUAAGGCUUAGUAAUGUAACUUUCACUAAAGUUGAAGUCGAAAUCACAAUCACUAACCCUUUCUCAAUACCCAAUAUAUGUCAUAUUAUUUAUAUAAAACAAAAUAUUAUUUAUUUAACAAUAAUAUUUUAAUGAACAAUAUUAACCAUUUUAAAAGUAGCCUAUAAGAAGUUUGUACAAUAGGAAAUAAAUACAAAUGCAAUCAAUUCAGUCAAAUAAAAAUAUAAAGUAAUGAAACUUAACUUUGCCCUUAGCCAAAUUGAUUUGCUCUGGAACAAGUAAUAAAUAAGACUGUCCAGUUGAUAUAGGCCAACCCAAAACGAAUUAAAGGGUAUCACGUUUAACCACAUAUUAAAGGGGUCAUGAACUGUAAGAAAUUGUAGUCUACCUCGACCCAGAUUCCACUCCAAAGUAUAUUUUAGAAUAAGCUCAUCCCCAAAAUGGCUUAAUUAUCAUAGAGAAGAAGAAAGUCAACUGGUAUAUUGUUUAUGUACCAUUUGGUUGAUCAAAUCCUGAGCAAAUGGUAAUCAAUUGUAGAAUGGGUAUGGGUGUGGGACACAGAGAACCAUAUCAGACAAUGAGGUGUCACAACUUCAUUAACAUACAGACCACAGCUGGUAAAACAUGAGAAACUACAUUUACAUGAAGAGUGGUGAACUGUAACAGGAUAAAAGGUUUGAGAUUUGGAUGUUCUGGGUUCAUUCUGACUCUGAUGAACCCAAGGUGCUACGUGUACUUUGUCACUGCUACGCUGCAAUAAACUUCUUCAUCAAGA